AUUAUUUGAAAUAAAUCAUAGACAUACUUAAUGGAUAGUUAAGAAUAGUAGAACCGAGAAGAUGAUUUAAUAAUUGAAUCUUAAGAAGAAGACAAUCAGAAAAAGAAGAAAGACAAGAAAGAAAAGAAAUUAGUUAAGAAGGUUGAACAGAAAAAGCCGAUUGAUGGUAAAUAAUAGUUUGGAGAUAAAUCAAUAUGCCGAUUAUGUAAGGAGAGUACAAUGUCAACACCAACUGUGAUUUGUAUAAGGUGCCACUUUAAGUACCAUUAGGAAUGCAUAAGAACUUAAAAUAAAGAGCCAUAAUUUCAGGAAGGUACUAAAUGGCAUUGCUUGUCAUGUAUAGAAAGAAUGGCUAAAAGAAAACUAAAAGAGUCAGAACCUUAGAAAAAGAAGAAAACCAAUUAAAUACUUGACUUUUUUUAGAAAACACCAUAGACUUAAGAAGAUAAAACUAAAAAACAUUCAGAAUUUCAACUAAAAUAUCCAACAUAUGUUUCUUAAGGAAGAGUUAUUUUUCCAAUAUUUGAUGAAUAUCUUACUGCCUAUUAAGGAUUGUUUAAUAUAGAGAUGAAAAAGAAGCCUCCACUUUAGCUUGAUCCUAACAUACCUUAAGAUUUAUUUGAAGACAUUCUGAAGAUAUGGGAUAGUUAUAAUAACAUGGAUAAAAUAGUCAGUGAUAUUUUAUAUGCAGGAGAACAACAAUCUGAAUGUAAUUUAUUUAAUCUAAAAUAGAAUAAAGCUAAGUCAAUAAUAUAGGUACUUUAAUUCACUUUAAAGAUAACCAUGUUCCAUACAGUUAAAAAGGUAGAUUAGAAAUAUAUUAAUUAAUAUAAACAAAACCAGAACAACUCAUCUUAUUUUUUAGUUACUUUUACUUGAAAUAAAUAAUUGAAGAUUUUGAUUAAGAAUAAAUGCAAAAAUAAUAAUAUGUACUUUUUGUUAUUUAUAAUUGAUAGAAAAUUCCAUACUGGCAUCUAUUAGGAUAUAUGUGGUUUACAAAUAGAAAUAGAUAUUAUGAACUCUUAAGAGAUGAUAUUAAACAAUUACCAACAAAUAUCUCAAGAUAAGGCAUCCUAUAGUUAUCUUUAGAUCUUAUGGAUUUUAAUGAUUAUACAGAUCUUAAAAAACUUUGUAGAUUAAUCAUAUCUUUGUCUGAUGGAUUAGCUGGAUUGAAAAAGACUUAGUUUUUAUAUUAAUUUAGAACUGAAAAUCUAUUAUCAAAUAAUCGUAUUAAAUAACAAUUAGGAAUGUAAAUAAAAUAAUAGAGAAGUUUAUAAAUUGAUGUUAAAAAAGAGAUAAUUGAAGCUGAAGGUAAUAUAUCAAUAGCUAAAGUAAUAAUAAUUAUUUAAAUAGUCUUAAUUAUAAUCAGAAGGUUUAACAAGAGUUGAAGCAUAGAAAUAUACUCGUUAAAUGGAGAUUGCUUAAAAGUAAGCAUAAAAAUAGAAAUAAUAAUACUAAAAAUUAGAAAAAGAAAUUAUUACUCUAACUGAAAGAUAUAGUGAAUAUGAUAAAGUAAUUUAUUCUAAUAUUUAAUUAUAGGAAUUAGCAAUAACAUAAAUGCCUGCUUUAUUAUUAAAUCCAUCUAUGUGUCUAGGAUAAGAUGCCAAACAUAGUUCUUACUAUUUCUUUUUAUAUGAACCUGAAAAGAUAUUUGUUUGUAUGAGACAUUCUAUUAUUGAUGAUGAAGGAUCAGUAUAAUGGGGUUAUUAUGAUUAAAAAGAAAUCACUAAUUUACUUAAUUCAUUAUGUUCCAAAGGUAUCAGAGAAUAUACUCUUAAAAAUAAUAUUAUUGAAUUACAAAGAUCUAAAUUAUUGAUUGAAAAUAUACAUGAAUAAGAAAAUAUUUUAAAUGGAACUAAACAAGAUAUUGAAUAAGAAAUUAAUUAACCUAGUGAAUAAUUACCAGAUAGAGUAAAUAGUUUAAUGAAUUUGGAAAUAGAAUAACUUAUUAAUGAAUUUAUUUAAAUAGAAUCUAGUUUAACUUAAUAUUUAAAUUUUAAAAAUUCAAGAUGGUGUAGUACAGAAUCUAGGAAUUAUUUUAUUAAAAGUUUCUAAAAUGUUAUAUAAAAUAAAAAUAUUUAAGAUUUAGAUGAAGAUGAUUUAAAACCUUUUACUUCUGCAAUUGAAUAUUUUAUAGAUAAUACUAUGAUGUAAGAAAAAUUAGAAUUGAGAUUAGAUGAAGAUGUAGAUGAAAAAUAUAUAGAAAAUGAAGAUGAUUCAUAUUAAUAACCAAAUAGAAAAAGAAAAGUUGUUGAAGAUGAUUCAUCAAUUGAUGAAUUACCUUAAACUAUGCUCUAAUAACUAGAAUAAAUGGAAAAUGGAAAAGUUAGAAUUAGAAAAUUACCUAUGAAAUUAUUUGGUACAUAUUAUGAAACAUUAAGAUUAAAUUUGAUAGCAUAAUUAAAAAAUGAAUGCAAUCUACCAAAAAUUAAAAUAUGUCUAGAAGUUUUAGGAUAAAUUGUUAAAGAUUACAUUGAUAGAAAAUAAAUUCAACUCCAAUCAUUUAUUUAACCACCUAUUAUUUAAAAAAAACCUGAUGAAUCAACAACUAAAAAGAUUAUUGAAUAAUAAAUUGAUAACCUCUUAGAUUCAUAACUUAAUCCUACAUCAAACCUUAGAAAAAGAAAUUAAAAUAAACCAUAAUAUAACGAAACAGAAACUAAAUGGGAAGAUAGAUGCUAAAAAUGUAAUAAAGGUGGUAAAGUUAUUUGUUGUGAUACAUGUCCUAAAGUGUUUCAUCCUAAAUGUUUAAACCUAAAAGAAGUACCAUAAGGAAAAUGGAAUUGUCUCAAUUGCUUAAGAAAUUUUGAAAGACAAAUUAAAACUAGAGCUACUGUUAAAAAGUUCGAGAACCAAUGA